UCGUUCGCCCCGUCUCGUUCUCUUCCUGAAUCAAAGUUUCUGAAGAACAAGGAGACGAGAUAAUCUUCCUUUGGCUAGAUCUCGAGCGAUGGAGUCCAAGAAGUCGAUGCUGGUGGUAAUGAUCCUGGGCGCUGCCGCCGUGAAUGUGUUUGUGAGCGCUGCCGACCCCGACCCGCUGCGAGAUUUCGAGGGGUCGGAAGAUCUUAGCAAUUUCGUGCUGCGAGAUGUGUUCAAGAAUGGGGUCGUGAGCAAUGGACCUGGUGGCGUUCGCGCAGCGAUCAACACGACACUGUUCCCAGGAAUCACGUCUCAAGGGAUAACUUAUGUACACUUUAACUCGGUUCCCUGUGGAGUCAAUCUCCCACACAUGCACCCUCGAGCUUCCGAGCUCCUCACCAUGAUCUCUGGCGGGCCACUUCAAGUUGGAUUCGUGGAUACAGCUGGAGUACCACGCAUCAACCUCUUGAACCCGGGCGAUAUCACGAUAUUCCCACGGGGAAUGAUGCACUUUGAGAUCAAUGUCGGGACCAAGCCUGCGUUUUACAUUUCAGCUCUCAACAGCCAAAACCCAGGAACUCUGAAAAGUGGUGGUGCUCUCUUGAUGAUCCCGGACAGGUCCGUUGCAACUGCGCUCAACGUAGGGCUGGACAUGAUCCAGAAGCUCAAAGCUAAUAUGCUGCUAUAUUCCUUCCGACUCAAGUUGGCCCCGCCUGCCGUGUGCGUUCCCGGCCAAAACAUCACCACCAAGAUUUAAGGUCUUUUGUUUACAUUGUCCACUGUAACUAAAGUGAUCCAUCCUUCACUUGGUUUGGCUUUUCGAUGGGAACACUUAUAU